GCGCCUCGCUCUCCCCGAACUGUGCUGCGUAUUUCAAGGGCCGUGUCUUCCCGCUGCUGAGGCGAUCUGUUGAAAACUGGGUGCUCCCCUCGUAAGACCGAAAUCGUCGAGAUGGGUUGGGUUGCAGAGGGGCAUCCCGUCCCCCCUAUCCUUUCUUUCCGUCGCAGCCGCAGUGGUGAGUGGGAGAUAUUCGCCGAAUCGAUGAAAGCCCGAUAUGGUAUUUCUUUUUUUUCAUAAAAAAAUGAAAGGAAGAAUAAGUCUGACGGAGACAACGCAUGUUAGUUAUCAACGAGUGACGCAACUCAUCCUUUGUCGCUGGGCAGCAAUUCUGAAUGAGUCGGAGCCCUAAAUGUGACCUUCACACGACGCCUCAUCGCAACUCCGGCCUACCGAAACAAGAAACCGAACGCAUAAAAGGUUGCGGGAAUUCGGCCGAGCAGAGCCUAGUUCGAGAAUAUUUAAUUUUCGAUACCGCCAAUACCGUCGUGUGCGAAGAUAACAACACACCAACUGCUCCAUUCUCUCUAUUCUUUACCUAAAUCCUCUUCCGCACCCCUGCAGGGCUAGCGAUAACUAUGCCGGCGAUCACGUCGAUAUUCGCGGGACUGUCGAGAUCUACCGACGACUCGAAAACAUCUCCGAGAAGAAAACGGCCCGGCGCAAAGAGGCAUUUAUUCUGGAUUGAAGAUGACCAGCCCCUAUCGCUGAAGGCGGGCGAGCAGUUCUCGAUACUAGUGCGGCGCAGCUCGGACCCGGCGCCGGGCGAGUACGCGAGGAUCUCGCUGUAUUACCGGGAGGAGGCGGUGGCGGCGGCGGCGGCCGACGGGACGACGCCGGCGCCGACGCCGCCCGCGCACAACUUCCACCAGGCGAACCCGAACCAGCUCCUGGCGCCCCAGACGGCCCAGGACUGGUUCGGCAACCGGCGCGUCACCUUCUGCCCGCUCGAGAUCGUCGGCAGCGGCGUCUACACCGUCCGCGUCGACGUCAUGAAGUCGCGCGGCGGCCCGUCGCGCGACAAGGAGGUCGACAGGCUGUACAGCCAGGAGAUCUGCGUUGCGUAAUUGACUUUGGGGAAGACAUGGGAAAAGGGACGGCAUUGCAUAGGCGCAUAGACUGUCACUAGAGCUAGGUUGGGAACGAGAAAGGAAAAGAAGAAUAGAGGGAUCCGGAUCGAUCCGAUUCACAGGCAUUCUCGGGCGUUUGAGGGCAUUGCGAUAGACUACCCUAGAUGGUUCUUUCUUUUAAUCUAAUCAUAAUGUCAUGGAAACUUCUUAGCUCGUCUUGCUGGAUUGUUCACAAAAUCCUGUCGACGUAGGACGGGUGCUAUUCGCGCCUCUUAAUAACAAGUGUUGAGUCCCUGUUACGAUGUCUAAUGUCAAUAAUACUUGAGCCGCCUCUCAUCUCGCGAACAAGGAAUCGCUACGACAGCAGUGCCC